AUGCCACCGCAAUGUCUGUCGAAUUCUCUACAAAGAGAAUUAGCAGAUUCAAUAAUAAGACUUCGUCCACUUGACGAAUUAAGAAUACUUUUAGCAUGCGGUGCUAAACCCAACGAUCCGGUCACCCAAGGAUUAAGGCCCCUACAUUAUGCCAUAUGGCACAGGUACACGGAAGCUGCACGUCUUUUGAUAGUCAGAGGUUGCGAUAUUAACGCAAGAGACGAAUGCGGAUAUUCCGCAUUGCAUCUCGCAUCCGAACACGGUUACGUGGAACUAGUCGAAAUAUUAUUAAAACACGGGGCACAAGUCAAUUAUAGAGAAGACACGGGUGAACAAUUUCCGAGAACGAUGUUGUGCGACGAACCUCUUCGUCUCGCGAUACGUCACCGCCAUUAUGAAAUUGCAAAAUUACUUUUGGAACACGGCGCUAAUCCAAACACGAGAUAUUUUUUCGGUUCUGAAAUUAAUCUUCUUUCCGUACUCGACGUUGAAUUUCUAAGACUUUUAUUAACUUUUGGAGCGGAUCCUAACAUACGUGACAGAGGAGGUUUAACACCUUUAAUGAAAGCAGCAAGGUUGCCACAGGGUAUGGACAGCGUUUUGCUAUUGUUAAGUUACGGUGCUGAUGUGAACGCAAUGACAGACGUUCGACACGAUUAUCGUACCGUUCUCCAUUAUGCCGUUUUGAGUGGAAAUUUGGAAAUCGUUUACCUGCUGAUAAAACAAGGAGCGACGGUUAAUUACGAUUCUGAUUAUCAAAAACCUACUCCCCUGGAUUUGUCAAUAUUAAAAGGAGAUCCGGAAUUGGUUAAAUUAUUACUCAACGCCGGUGCGAACGUCAAUUCGAGUUCUCCAAUAAUAGGAACACCUUUACACGUUGCUUGCGCCGAUAAUAUUCCAAACAGAAUGGACAUACUAUCGAUACUACUCUCCAGAGGUGCGGAUCCAAACAAGGUAAUAGAAAGCGAUGGAAUAACGUUAAGGCCCGUUUUAGCAGAAUACAUAGCGUCCAAUGCGGAAUUAUCGUCACAAGUGGUACACAUGCUUUUAAAAUUUGGCGCCAAAGUCGUUAUGAAAACUCAAUACAGGGACCCACACGGAAUAUUAAAUUCAUUACAAAAUUUGGAUUCUUAUCCGAAAUUGUUGAGAACAUUGCUGGAAGCUGCGGAAGGAUUCGAUUUGUGUAUGAUAAGAAGAUCAUCUUAUUUAACUCAAAAUCAAAAAUUAAUUUUAUUAGAUUUAGCAACGAAACCUCUUUCUCUCCUUCAUCAGUGUCGCCUGUUUUUCAGAAGACAUUUUGGUUCGAAAUUAAUUAAAGUCGUCCAUGAAUUUAUAAUACCCGUAACGCUUCAUAAAUAUUUACUUUACGAGGAUUAA